CAACAGAACGGGGAGACAAGUUUCCAGCUACGACUACAAUUCAAAAAACGACUUAUAAAACCAUGGGAAUUGGCCACAUAUUACACAGUCCUUCCAUUUCACGCUCAGUGGUGCAUUUGGUGCUGCGUCGGUAUGAAUCGAUAGCUGCACUGUCCACAACUAUCAUUCCAACUGUCUUCGAACUCACUAGAGAUCAAGAAAAGUUCAAGCCAGAUUUGGAAACAUCUCUUGUAAGUCAUUUACAAAACAGACAUUUGGUUGAAAGCGUUACCCAUGAUGAUCUCUUUGAACUUACAUCAAAGCAAAAAUUCAAAUUAUAUUGUGGAGCAGAUCCUACUGCUAAAUCUUUGCAUUUGGGAAAUUUGUUACCAUUGAUGGUUGUACUUCAUUUCGCUCUUAGAGGUCACGAUGUGGUUGGAUUGGUUGGAGGUGCAACUGGGGCUGUAGGUGAUCCAAGUGGUAGAAGUACAGAAAGAACCGCCAUUGCCACUGAUGAAAGAGAACAAAAUGUUACCAACAUUCAAAAUCAAAUCCAAACAUUCUUAGAAAGAGGUUUAGCAUAUGCUAAAUCCAGAAAUUUCCCCAUUGUUGAAUCUGGUGAGAUAAGUACCGCCAAUAAUGCCACCUGGUGGGAAUCUGUCAAGAUGUUGGACUUCUUGGCUACAUAUGGUAGACACAUUCGUGUAUCUUCGAUGUUGGCAAGAGACUCAGUUCAAUCGAGACUUGAAUCACAAAAUGGAUUAGGAUUCAAUGAAUUUACCUACCAAAUUUUACAAGCUUAUGACUUUUGGCAUUUGUUCAACAAAGAAGGUGUCAACAUGCAAGUUGGUGGAAAUGAUCAAUGGGGUAAUAUCACUGCUGGUGUAGAUUUGAUUUCUAGAUUACAAAAGCAAUUCCCAAAGAAAGAUCAAAAACCUCAACUGGCUUAUGGAUUAACCGUUCCACUUCUUACUACCCCAAGUGGAGAAAAAUUCGGCAAGUCGGCUGGUAAUGCUGUUUUCAUUAGUACUGAACUUACAUCACCUUACCAAUUAUAUCAGUACUUUAUUAAUACCCCAGAUGAUAUGGUUGCCAAACUUCUUAGAGUAUUCACUGUAUUAUCGACUACUGUGAUUGAUAAUGAAAUUUUGCCCAGACAUGAAGCUGAUCCAGGUUUACGUCUUGCCCAAAGAAUUUUGGCCAGAGAAGUGAUAGACUUGGUCCAUGGGGUUGGUGUAGGAGAAGAAAUGGCAUAUAUCACUGGAUUUUUAUUCCCAACUCCAGACCAAUCUUUCAACGAUGUUUCUGCAGAAAAAUUGAUUCAUAAUUUCAAAAGAUCUGGAAUUUUAGUAAAACUUGAUUUGGAAAAGGAUAAAGAUAUUAAAAUGAGUUCCCUUCUCGCUAAGAUAAUGGGCAAGUCGAAGACUGAAACAAAAAAUCUUAUCAAACAAGGUGGUAUUUAUUUGGGUAUCGAUAGGGAAAAGUUGGACGAUCCAGAAGACGUAGUCCUAUUUGAUUCUGAGCGCCACUUGAUUGACAACAAGUUGUUCCUUGUUAGAGCUGGUAAACAAAACUACUAUGUUGUUGAAAUCGACUAGAUGGAUUCUACUUGAAGUUAUGUAUAAAAUGUAAAUAGAUAGAAAAAGAUAUAAAUAGUUUUCACCUCAUGGUAAACUCGUUGUAAGGAAUAAGAAGACAGAAGACAGUUAUAAAACCUGGAGAGUGUAUUUUCCCCGUUGAUACGCUAGAAAAUUCUAAAACUAACAUUUGUACUCUUUGUAUUAGAUUCUACGUAAAGAUUACGUUACUAAUGAACGUUACUAAUGAACUGCA